CGCCACUGGAAAACCCGUAUAAAUUUCCAGAACCUUCAACUUCGUUGCAAGCCUUCAAUCGAUUCAGAGGGACAUAGAGUCCUCAAAACGAAACGUUUUGCGGAGAGCACACUAUGUUUAAGAAAUCGUUGGAGGCGAAGUCGCAGCAGCGGUUGUCCGGCGCAGACCGCAAAAAGCUGAAGCGAACAAUCAAAGAGCGAUUUCGUAACGCCUCCGAUUCUGAAAUCGAUUCGAUUCUUCCUCCUAAGGCUGAGAUAACAAUUGUGAAGUUACAAAAUCGAGUUCAUUUGUAUGGUGUGGAAGGUGGUUUUCCUAUGUUUUUUGACAUUGAUGGGCGAGGAACAGAAAUAUUCCCAACAGUUUAUGCCCUCUGGAAGGUUCCUGAUCUUUUGCCUGCUUUCAUCCUGAAGGGGGGUGAGGUUUCUCGUUUUGUCAUUGGAGGUGCUGAUCUGAUGUUCCCUGGUAUUAGCAUUCCUGCUCAAGGGCUACCUUCAUUUGCAGAGGGGGAGCCUUGGGCAGUUAAAGUUCCAGGCAAUCUGGCUCCAAUUGCUGUUGGGACCACAACUAUGAGUAGCACUGCAGCAUUAAAAGCUGGUCUGCGUGGAAAAGCUUUGAGAAUAACUCAUUACUAUCGAGAUUCACUCUGGGAAUUAGUUGAGGGCCAUUAUGUGCCAAAUGCAGGAUUUUUAGAAGAUGUUGUGUUUGAAGAUCCUUCUUUGUCAUCAGCUUGUCAGGCUUCUGAUUCAUGCGAAGGUGUUAAUGAGGCUUCAAGUGAUCCACAAAACGACAUUAGCAAUAAAAAAGAGGGUGAAUCUGUUGAUGUCUUGGAUCUAACUUCGGAAGCUAACCCAUCUUCAACAGCACAGCUUGAUGUUAGCAAUGAUCCUGCUGAACAAAUAACUGCCAAUGUGGAUGAUCUGAAGGUAACUGAUGAGGAGUCAAAUGUUGAGGUUCAUCACACUCUAUCCACUGAAGAUGUGGAUGCACUUUUAGACAAAUGUCUGUUGCAAGCCUUGCAUACAACGGUUAAAGAUAAAGACCUUCCAAUGCCUGGAAGCACAUUGUGGGCAGGCCAUGUAUUACCUUGUAGGCCUUCAGGCAUCACACUUGAUAUAAAAAAGUCAUCCUACAAGAAAUUAUCAAAGUGGCUACAGGCUAAAUCCUCCACAACAUUGAUUUCAGUAAAAGAGGAUAAACAUAAAAAAGAGGUGGUAUUAAAUUCUGUCAACCGCAAUCAUCCAGAGUACACAUCUUUCAGGCCUGAGAAACGGCAAGCAGAAAAAAGUGAUCAGACCAGUGACCAUGCUGCUAGUGAAAGUCGAUCACAUAAAACACUUGAAGUGGCUGAGAUAUACAAACCGAGUGUGCAUGUCAAUCCUAUUUUUGCUUCUGUGGGAGUUGAUACGGGGAAACUGUUCAGUGCCUCUGAAGCCACCGAUAUUGUCUUCAGAUAUAUUGAGAAAGAAAAUCUGGUCAAACCAACAGACAAAUCCAUGGUGGUAUUAGAUGCAAUAUUAUGCGAUGCUUUGUUCAAAGGAGCUAUUAAAAAGGGAUCAACUUACCCAACUGCAAUUCAUAAGAAGGACUUAGGACAUACCUUCGUGAAUCGCAUGCAAGCUCAUCAUGUAGUGACAAGAGGAGGUGAGUCAGUUGUUCGCAAAGGUGCCCUUAAAAAUAUUCAGAUAAUGACAGAACGGAGGCAGGGUAACAAGAAGGUGACUAAAGUCUCAGGGUUUGAAUCAUUCUUGAUGGAUGCUGAAGCUUUGGCAUCAGAGUUGCAGAAGAAAUUUGCUUGCAGUACAUCAGUGGCAGAACUACCAGGUAAGAAAGGACAUGAAGUUCUGGUUCAAGGAGGUGUGAUUGAAGAUCUGGCAAAACAUCUAGUUGAACAAUAUGGAAUCCCAAAGAGAUACAUUGAAGUGCUUGAUAAAACUAAGAAAUGAGGACUUGGACACGGUAAGAAAGUUCCCAGGGAGGUUUUGAUUGGAGGAGUGUCAAUGAUCAAAUCACAAUAUCCUGUCAAGUAUUCCAUCUGGAGUUGCAUUGAAAUGCUUGAUAUUAGCCCAGAAAAGAGAACUGCAGAGUUGGUAUAUCUUUCUUCAAUUUGCUUUUUAUCACAUUUUACCUUUUGGCUUUGACUCAAAAGAAAAAGAAAGACCUGGCUUGUCAUUAUACCAGUUUUCCUUUGUAUCUUAGUAUGGUUGAAUUGUGUUGCUAUUUUUUAUUUAAUUAAUGCAGUUGACGUUGAGACAUGCUAUUUUAGUA